AAGGCUUCCCAAAGAUCACGUCCUAGCCGGGACCUAAACCUCAGAGCACGGGGCCUGGGCCCCCACGUUGCAGGGCACGUGCUGGGUGUGGAAGGUGAGAGGCCCUGGUGAGUUCAGAAUAGGGAGGGGCACCGAGGAGUUCUCUUAGCCGACGGACAGCCCUGGUUGAGGGUGAGGGAGGUUUUGCUUCGAGAGAUGGGCUGGUUACUGAAAGGUUAUGUGGUUUGUAGGACGGGGGAGAGAGGACUGCAGAGAUGAGAGUAGUUACAAACAGUGAGCUGGGCACUCCGCUGCUGUGCCCGCCACCCCACUGGUGUGCCCGCCCCACGCUAGGUCUAGUUUACAGAUGGGGAAACUUGAGGCCGUCAGACAACAGAUCAGGCCGGACCUGAGCACGUACAGCCCAGCUUCUGCAGCUUCUGCAGGCAGGGCGGACGUCGGGCUGCCGGUGCUCAGCUGGUCCCCGGAAGCCCCCGCGGGCAGCAGGCGGGAGGGGUUGCGGAGGUUGCGCGCGCAGCGCCCGGGGCCUGGUGGGGGUGGUGCCCAGGGUGGCUGCGCGCGCAGCCUUCGCGUGGCCGCGAAGCAGCCGCAAGGAGGGGCGUGGCUUUGGGCCGCAUAAGUCAACAGGGAGGCGGGUGUUUUCGAGAAUUUGCCUGCAAUUGGAAGGAGGGGGCGUGGCCUCCCCUACUUGGAAGAAGGGGGUGUGGCCCGGUGCCGUGGUGGGCGUGGUCUAGCCCUAUUUGGGCGUGAGGGGCGUGGCCUGCUCGGCGCGCCGCGGCUCUGGGCCUGCGCGCGCUGGAGUCAGGGGUCACGGCGGCGCAGUCCGUGGCGGGAAACGCUGUUUGAAGCGGGAUGUAUGACAAGCGGCGGCCGGGCCCGGGGGCCGGGGCCGGGGUGCCCCCGAAGCGGGCCCGCGGGGGCCUCUGGGAUGAGGAUGAGGCCCCUCGGCCAUCCCAGUUUGAGGAGGAGCUGGCGCUGAUGGAGGAGAUGGAGGCCGAGCGCAGGCUGCAGGAGCUGGAGGAGGAGCUGCAGUCGGCCCAGGAGGGGGCUGCUGACCGGCACUUCUCCCCGACAGCCAGAGAUGCCCGCUGGCUUCGGCCCACCCCACCUUCCCUGGACCCCCAGACGGAACCCCUCAUCUUCCAGCAGUUGGAGAUCGACCAUUAUGUGGGCCCAGCACGGCCCCUGCCUGGGGCGCCUGCACCAUCCCGCAGCUCCGUGCCUGUGCUCCGCGCUUUUGGGGUCACCGAUGAGGGCGUCUCCGUCUGCUGCCACAUCCACGGCUUUGCCCCCUAUUUCUACACCCCAGCGCCCCCGGGUUUUGGGCCCGAGCACCUGGGUGACCUGCAGCGGGAGCUGAACGGGGCCAUCAGCCGGGACCAGCGCGCGGGCAAGGAGCUCCAGGGGCCGGCCGUGCUGGGCGUGGAGCUGUGCUCCCGGGAGAGUGGUCUCGGCCCACUGACCUCAUCCCCCUCCAGGUUCAUGGUGGACGCGGACAUCGUGGGCUGCAAUUGGCUGGAACUGCCCGCUGGGAAAUACGUCCUGAGGCCGGAGGGGAAGGCCACACUGUGUCAGCUGGAGGCAGACGUACUGUGGUCAGACGUGGUCAGCCACCCGCCAGAAGGGCAGUGGCAGCGAAUCGCACCCCUGCGUGUGCUCAGCUUUGACAUCGAGUGCGCCGGCCGCAAAGGCAUCUUUCCUGAGCCCGAGCGGGACCCCGUGAUCCAGAUCUGCUCGCUGGGCCUGCGCUGGGGCGAGCCGGAGCCCUUCCUGCGCCUGGCGCUCACCCUGCGGCCCUGCGCCCCCAUCCUGGGUGCCCAGGUGCAGAGCUACGAGCGGGAGGAGGAGCUGCUCCAGGCCUGGUCGACCUUCAUCCGCACCGUAGACCCCGACGUGAUCACCGGCUACAACAUCCAGAACUUCGACCUUCCCUACCUCAUCUCCCGGGCCCAGCACCUCAAGGUGCAGGACUUCCCCUUCCUGGGCCGUGUGGCUGGCCUCCGCUCCACCAUCCGGGACUCGUCCUUCCAGUCGAAGCAGACUGGCCGGCGGGACAGCAAGGUGGUCAGCAUGGUGGGCCGCGUGCAGAUGGACAUGCUGCAGGUGCUGCUGCGGGAGCACAAGCUCCGCUCCUACACGCUCAACGCCGUGAGCUUCCACUUCCUGGGGGAGCAGAAGGAGGACGUGCAGCACAGCAUCAUCACCGACCUGCAGAACGGGAACGACCAGACGCGCCGCCGCCUGGCAGUGUACUGCCUCAAGGACGCCUUCCUGCCGCUGCGGCUGCUGGAGCGGCUCAUGGUGCUGGUGAACGCCAUGGAGAUGGCGCGCGUCACCGGCGUGCCCCUCGGCUACCUGCUCACCCGCGGCCAGCAGGUCAAGGUGGUGUCGCAGCUGCUGCGGCAGGCCAUGCGCGAGGGGCUGCUGAUGCCCGUGGUGAAGACAGAGGGCGGCGAGGACUACACGGGAGCCACGGUCAUCGAGCCCCUUAAAGGGUACUACGACGUCCCCAUCACCACCCUGGACUUCUCCUCGCUGUACCCGUCCAUCAUGAUGGCCCACAACCUGUGCUACACCACGCUCCUGCGGCCAGGCGCCGCCCAGAAACUGGGCCUGACUGAGGACCAGUUCAUCAAGACGCCCACCGGGGACGAGUUUGUGAAGACGUCGGUGCGCAAGGGGCUGCUGCCCCAGAUCCUGGAGAACCUGCUCAGCGCCCGGAAGAGGGCCAAGGCUGAGCUGGCCAAGGAGACAGACCCCCUGCGGCGGCAGGUCCUGGACGGGCGGCAGCUGGCGCUGAAAGUGAGCGCCAACUCUGUGUACGGCUUCACCGGCGCCCAGGUGGGCAAGCUGCCGUGCCUGGAGAUCUCCCAGUCGCAUCCUAGGCCUGUUUACUGGAGGCAGCUGUGCUCCCGGGACAGGAAAACAGACCCCAGUGAGACCACAGAGGCUCUGAGGUUCUGCCCAGCUGGGAGCGGCGCCUCAGCUCGCGGCCCAAGAGGUCCUUUGAAAAGUCUUCCUGUCCAGACUUGGUUACCUCCAGCCAUGGGGAGCUCCCUCCCUGUCUGGCCAUUGUGCGAGGCCUCUAGGCGAAAGAGCGUCACCGGGUUCGGCCGCCAGAUGAUUGAGAAAACGAAGCAGCUGGUGGAGUCCAAGUACACAGUGGAGAACGGCUACAGCGCCAGCGCCAAGGUGGUGUACGGCGACACCGACUCCGUCAUGUGCCGGUUUGGUGUCUCCUCCGUGGCGGAAGCGAUGGCUCUGGGGCGGGAGGCUGCAGACUGGGUGUCCGGCCACUUCCCCUCCCCCAUCCGGCUGGAGUUUGAGAAGGUCUACUUCCCUUACCUGCUCAUCAGCAAGAAGCGCUAUGCUGGCCUGCUCUUCUCCUCCCGGCCCGACACCCAUGACCGCAUGGACUGCAAGGGCCUGGAGGCUGUGCGCAGGGACAACUGCCCCCUGGUGGCCAACCUCGUCACCGCCUCACUUCGCCGCCUGCUCAUCGACCGAGACCCCGAGGGCGCCGUGUCCCACGCACAGGACGUCAUCUCGGACCUGCUGUGCAACCGCAUCGACAUCUCGCAGCUGGUCAUCACCAAGGAGCUGACCCGCGCGGCCGCCGACUACGCCGGCAAGCAGGCCCACGUGGAGCUGGCCGAGAGGAUGAGGAAGCGGGACCCCGGGAGCGCGCCCAGCCUGGGAGACCGGGUGCCCUACGUGAUCAUCGGGGCCGCCAAGGGCGUGGCUGCCUACAUGAAGUCCGAGGACCCCCUGUUCGUGCUGGAGCACAGCCUGCCCAUCGACACGCAGUACUACCUGGAGCAGCAGCUCGCCAAGCCGCUCCUGCGCAUCUUCGAGCCCAUCCUGGGCGAGGGCCGCGCCGAGGCCGUGCUGCUGCGGGGGGACCACACACGAUGCAAGACCGUGCUCACCGGCAGGGUGGGCGGCCUCCUGGCCUUCGCCAAGCGGCAGAGCUGCUGCAUUGGCUGCCGCACUGUCCUCAGCCACCAAGGAGCCGUGUGCAAGUUCUGCAAGCCCCGGGAGUCGGAGCUGUAUCAGAAGGAGGUGUCACACCUGAACGCCCUGGAGGAGCGCUUCUCGCGCCUGUGGACGCAGUGCCAGCGCUGUCAGGGCAGCCUGCACGAGGACGUCAUCUGCACCAGCCGGGACUGCCCCAUCUUCUACAUGCGCAAGAAGGUGCGCAAGGACCUGGAGGACCAGGAGCAGCUUCUGAGGCGCUUCGGGCCCCCUGGCCCCGAGGCCUGGUGACCCCUGACCUCCGCAGGCUUCCCAGGAGGGCCCUGCCGGCGGGGACCGGUGGAGAACUAAUAAAGUUUGGACCUUUUGUUA